UUACAGAACAUCCGGAUAGUGAAGACGCGGUCGAGGGUUACGUUUACAUGUGUCAACAGUUUGCGUCAACAAAACCGAAGUAAAAAGUGGGAUUAAGAAAAUCAUGAUAUUGGGGAGUACACUGGGGUUAAACUGAACCGUUAGUGUAAGAUAAACCGCCUUAUAAUUGCAAUGAAAACAUUCUUUCAACACUGUUUACGGUGACCGCCAAAAUUGGGACGCCAUCUUGAGCACUCUUGUUGACAGUUUAUCAAACUAUGAAUGAAAUAUUUGUAUUCAAAAGUUUUGUGUAAAUACUUUACGGAAUAUUUUUUUCUAUAUACACUAUUUUAUCUUUAAACGUAUCAUUCGUUCCGAAGUAUUAUGUGAUUUGUUUUCCAAUGAUGGGUUAACCGCAAUACGAAUAACACAAGCUGGCAAACAAUCUUCUUAUGAAGAUAAUAUAAUGCCUGGUGGAUAGUUUUGGGAAACACAUAGCAAGGAGCGCCAAUCAUGUUUUAUGCACAUUUUGUGUUGGCCAAAAAGGGGCCGCUAGCCCGUAUCUGGCUGGCUGCUCAUUGGGACAAAAAACUUACCAAGGCACACGUCUUUGAAACAAAUAUAGAGAAAUCUGUAGACGGCAUUCUGCAACCCAAGGUAAAGAUGGCCUUAAGAACAUCAGGACAUCUUCUCUUGGGAGUGGUGCGUAUUUAUUCUAGGAAAGCCAAAUAUCUUCUGGCAGAUUGUAAUGAGGCUUUCGUCAAAAUAAAAAUGGCGUUUCGACCAGGAAUGGUUGAUCUGCCGGAAGAGCAUAGGGAGGCUGCAGUCAACGCAAUCACUCUGCCUGAAGUGUUUCAUGACUUUGACACAGCUAUGCCUGAGUUGAAAGAUGUAGAUAUCGAGGCCCAAUUCAGUCUGAACCAAUCUCGCGCCGAAGAAAUUACUAUGCGAGAAGACUAUGGCAGCUUAUCUCUUGUCACACACGAUCAGGGAUUCGGAGAUAUGAGUUUUGAUGCAGAACCACCUGAGUUAUUGAGACAUGCUACUACAAUGGAGCCUUCCCUCGAUCAGAGUCACAUGCUCUUCAGCGAUGGACCAGGGAUGGAAACUGCACUAGAGCCGAAGGAUAAAGAACCUGUCGCUGGUACUUCAGCUGCAGCACAAGCUAUGGAUAUCGAUACUCCAAUUAGAGAUGAUGGGUUUGGUGGUCACCUCGGUCAAGAUAUAAUUUCUGGAGGCCUAUUCGAAGGAGGUCUCUUUGACGAAGCACCUAUGGGAGAAGUUGCAGUACCUGAGGUUAGUGCGAUGGGCGAUCAACAAGAUGUAGCAGCAGCAGUGGGUCCACCUCCACCGACUAACGAGGACUCGGAUGAGGAUAUGGGUGAUCACUUUGGUGGGCCUCCAUCUCCUAUGGGUGGUGGUAUGAGCAGCACAGAUGGCUCUAGACCAGCCACACCUGUUGCAAUUGGUGAUGAUGCAGGCGGGAGAGUGAGCGUAGCUAGCCGUCGCUUCACUCCAGCACCUCCAACUGUCCUUGAAGAACAUCCAGUAGAUGCCAUUGAGGAGGCUCAACCCCAGCAGGAACAAACUACUCUCCUUCAUGAUGAGGAAGAAAGUUUUGCUCUAGCGCCAGUCGAUGCAUCUGCCCUGAAAGGAUUCACUAAGGCUAAACGUAAGCGUAAAUUAAUUGUCGAUGAAGUGAAAAACAUCUCAGGAGAAGAAAUGAAAGCUCAAUUAUCAGACACUAGCGAUAUUAUCACAACUUUGGACUUGGCUCCUCCCACAAAACGCUUAAUGCAUUGGAAAGAAACUGGUGGUGUUGAAAAACUAUUCGCUCUACCAGGCAGACCUAUACCCGCACGUGUCUUAUUUAAGAAUUACCAACGGCAUUUAACCAGCAAAUCAUAUGACCAUGAAGAUUUUGCUAGAAUCGGGGUGGAUGAAGAUGGUAUGCAGUUAGAACAAGUAAGAGAUGCUGCAGACAUGGAUGUAACAAACUUCGAACAGAGUAUGCUUGGUAAACGUAUGAGUCGAAAGCGAAAGGCACCAUCGGAUGAGGAGCUCAAACAGCCUUCCACUCAGCAACAAACAGAGUCAGAAGUUUCCCAGACGUCUGUUGCUAGCGAAAUGAUGGAAAUCCCAAGCAUAGUACCACCGACUCCUCUCCCUCCUCCAAGGUCACCGAUACCUCCAGAAGUAUCUUUACCACCUGAAACAUCAGUUGCUGACAUUAGUGCCAUCCUUCCAUCAGUGGAAUCUAUUGAGUCAAUGUCUCUACCUCCUGAAACCCCAUCUCUCAAUAAUGUCGAGAUGCCUCAGAUUCCUCCAGCCGAAGUCAGCUCGUUAUUAGGUACAGAUGAGCAGCAGCAACCACAAGUGCUACCAGUUCAGCCUGAAGAUGUAAGUCUACAGCCUUCAGAGCUUCCUCAAAUGGAGAAUAUGGGGUAUGACCAGGCUCAGACGCAAGUACCGUUUUUGGGGUAUGACGACCACCAACCACUGGCUCACACGCCUGGCGCGAUAUCAGAAAGAGGUCCAGCUACUCCUUGGAAUCAUGAAGAUUAUGAAUUUCCCCCAUCUGUUGGUCCACUAGAGGAGCAGCAAGUUGAUGAGACUUAUGAACAGUUCGAAGAACGAGUAUUGAACAAGAGAGCUGGUCACAUGUACCACGUAAUUAAGAGCAAACUAGAGACCAAAGACAGUCUGACACUUUCUGAGAUGGCAUAUAGAAACAAUCGUAAACAGGCUGCUCAGAAAUUCUACACAUUACUAGUUCUAAAAAAAUUUCAAGUGCUGGAACUAAACCAGGAAUCAUCGUAUGCUGAUAUUCUGGUAACCAAAGGGCCCAAAUUUGAAAAUCCUGCACUAUAAGUGUACCUUCUGUUAUCCAACCAUAAAUGAGGAAAACGUAUCGCCUGAGUUGUUUUUCGCAACUUGACUGUAACGAACGUUACAAUUGUUAUUUGCAGAGUUCGACGAGUUAAAAAUGGAAACUAUAGAUAUAUUUUAUAAAUCGCAUAAUUUCUGUUAAUCUUGUCAGUAUAAAUGGUCGGUCUUGGAAUAUUUAUUUAACAAUAUUCUUUUAUUUUUGACAAUAGAUAGGAUUAGCUAAAGUAACGUUUCUACAUUGCUUUCAUUUUCCUUUUGAAAUCACGUCGAAUGACUAUUGAGUCAUUUAAAUUGUAGUACAAUUAUAAUUUUCAUUAAUGUUUUACGGUUUUCAUGUUAUUAUUUAGAUUUUUUUUUUUUUUUUUAAUUGGAAAAAUACUGUUUUUUCAACCAAAUAAAAAUUGCGAGUGCAUAUCACUUCAUUAGUUUUAAUUUCUAUUUAAAACAAAAAAAAAAAAUUGGUCUUCAACUUUAUUUUUAUGCCGACCGGGCAGCAUGUCGGAAACUAAGAAAAAACGGUGAUUUUAAAUACACGUAGCAAUUCUAAUCAAAUAGUUCGUCUCUUCAGUGUAAAUACCAUAAGUUUUUCUCGCAAUCGUACUCCUUGGGAAAGGAAUGAAUUUUUGCUAUUCGCGGAUAUUUCAUUGCUGGAAAUGAAAAAUGUAGUGAGUACUUUUCAUGUUCACCAUGAGUUUUAGUUGUACGUAUCAUAAAACACAAACCUGAACAUAUCGACAACCUUUGUCGAAUGAACUUAUAAAGUGGAAAAUGUCUAUGGUUUUGGAUCUGGUUGGGUAUUUCUGGUAAAAUGACGAAACAUUUCACAUUUACAAACUGAUUUUUUUUUAAUCAAGUUAUUUUCAAAUUCAUAUAUUUUUAUUAAUUUUCAAGCAGUAGGGAAAUUUCGAUAAACCUGACUUAUCCGAUUGAAGAUACGAAGAAUAACAGUAAGCAAUGUACAUAAUAAACUGGCGCUGAUGUAAAAGGUAUACAAAAAGUGUUAACGAAAACAGUUUUGCUGAAAGCACUGACUUCCAAAGCUAAUGAACUAGGGUCUACUGUCUUCGAUUUAUAGUAUAUUACAGUAUCAAUCAGCUUGUCACGUUGCCGCCAUAAUUUUAUACCACAUUUUUGACUAAUUUUUAGCGAGCGUUAAAAAAUAUUCUCUAAGUGUUAAGCACUAGCCGAAUUCGAAUUUGUCAAAGGUAUGUACCCUUGUAUACUUAUCCUUACUCUCGCCCUGUUAUUUAGACAGAUCCAGAGGUAAGUUUACAAGGGUCCAAAAAGGGUGCACACUGCAACGAAUUUGAACGCGGCUAGCAUGGUUCCAGUGUACCUGGGGUACGUAAAUCCAGCCUGUACCUGAUGCUUGCGAAAAAAUGUCUUUACCUGUGGUGAGCCAAAUGGUGAAAUAUACUAUACAAUCUGUCAUUAAUUUAAUUUCAUAAUUGAUAGAAGUGAUCAGAUCCGUACCUCAGUGCUUGGUGAUUUACAUUUUAAUCAAAGCUUCACUAUUGUAAAACUUCAUUUCUCAUUCUAUAUCAUACCCAACUUGAUCUUCGUGAAGUGAACAUUGGUUAUAUUUGAUUCAUUUUUGUUAAAUUCAAUAAUGUAAUGUACUCAUCUAAUAUAGAUUUAAGAUAUGAGAUCAUUAAAUGUAAUAUAUUAUUAUAUAAAAAUUGUAUUGAUUAAAGGGAUUCUGGAAAU